AUGCUAGCCUUUCGUAACGCCGGAGUCAUCACGACUAGGUUUGUGCAAGGGCGUCGUGUUAUUACAUCGCUUGCCAGUUUCAGACCUGGCCCUCCCUAUCCUAAUAGCCAUAGGGAACCCAAACCUAGACGUGAUUGGCCUCUAGAUCCGUUUGGUAGUGCCCUGCCAGGACGUCCUUUUCCUCAAGAUCCGUUUGGUUGGCCCCUGCCUCGUCUCGUAGUCAGGGAGGCGAUUGAGCGUUUGAAAUUGUUCUCCCCAGAAGAAAAGGUGAGAUUUGGUCAUAUAAUCAGUGAACUGUUGGGGCUUCCGAAACCUCCCGAGCCUCCAGCCGACGGAAAGUUUGCUGUGAAGCUGGUCGAGUAUGAUCCGGAUCCUAGGAAAAAGGGCAGGUUGCUUAGAGAAGUUGCAUGGGCCAAAGCUACUGUAAAGGUGAUGAAGGAUAUGUUCGAGAUAGGUCUGGGACCAUCGAUUAUAGCUCUGCGAAGCGUCCCCUGCGUGAUUAAAGAAGGUAUCACAAAGGAAGAAGCCAACGAAAUCAUUGCCAAGAUCAAUGCUGUUGGUGGAGUCGCUGUUUUGGAACCACCGGAGUGA